AUGCAAACGGUGACAGGAAUAUUUGCAAAUAUUAGAAUAGAAUUUUUCCUAUGGAAUAGACUUUUAAUUCUAGUAAAUUCUACAAUUUCAACCUUUUUCGGAAGGCCUUUGAAAGAUUUUGUUUAUAGAUUGGUUUCGAUACAAUCACAGUCGUAA